AGAGACUUUCUCAACCAACCAACCACCACAUCAGACGCGUGUGUGUAUCCGUCAUUCAAUGAGCCCAUCAAUCAUUCAAUCGUCCGUCCCGGGCAAUGCAAUUGUCGUGGCGAACUGCAGACAGUUCCUAAACCGCAGCACAGCGAACUCACUCCACAGACGCAGCUUCCUAGGGAAGAGGCCUCUAGCUAAGGGGUGGGGCAGCAGGAUGCACCCGUGCCGCCUCUUCCCCCCUCCCCACUCAGCCCCCCGCCGUAUCUUCAUGUCCAUCAGCACUCUCAGGUCGCCAUACAGAGCGUCGAGAGAACGGCACUUGUCAUCACCCAGCAGCCCAGACAGACUCCGAACGGUCUCUCUCUCAUCAGCGGGGUCGUCUUCAGCCAAAGUUUGUUGUGCAUCUCUAUCAGUGGUGAGGAGGCCGCUGAUGUCCAUUGGCACAUAGGGUGGGUCCACCAGGAUGUGGUCGAAGAGGGCGGUGGAGAGGCUGCCCGCCGCCGGCUGCUGGGGGGCCUUUGCGCCGGCCGGCUUGGUGAGCAGCAGGUCCUGAAACUUCCCGUGGUGCACGUUGAUCAAAGGCAGCACCUGUAUGUCCAUGUCCCACACACAGGGAGGCGGUGUUGGUGUUGGUGUGUGUGGGGGAGCCUCCCCUCCCUGCUGCUUACAUUAGCCUUUUCAGCGUUUUUGAUGGUGCCGACGAUUUCCCUCCACCCCUCCUCACAGCCCACGAGCCGGCCCUCAAGCCUCCUCCACUCCCUGCUGUUGGGGAGGACCAUCCGGCGGUCGCACUCUUGUCUGGUCGCCAGCCAUAAGCCCGGGUCGUGGAAGGGCAGGUGCUGAAAGCCCCAGGAGUGCUCUGGCCGCAUGUAGCCACAGGGGGUGCGGGUGGCCAUCAGGGCCGCCUCCACCAGAAUGGUUCCCGUGCCGCACAUGGGGUCGAGCAGACUGGCAGUCGGCCGCCGACGUGUCUGUUGGUCGCGGCUCGUGGGUGUGUCUUGAGUGUGGUCGUCGUUGUUGACGUGUUCGUGGGCGAACCCAGAGGAUAGAAGCAUUGCUGAUGCCGUGCAGGGGUCCAGCGAGUAGGGCAGCGUCACAUCACUGCAGGCAGACAGAGAGAUGCACCCAUUGGCAAGCAACCAAGGGACAUGAGGGAGGCUGUUCUGUCCUGCCUCUGUCUGUCUGUGCCCACCCACAGGUAUGGCCUUCGCGAUAGCGAUUGCUGCGGCCCUGUGGUGUCGAUCUGGACCACCACUUCACCGUCCCCGUGAGCCACCACACGGACCAGCCGCUGCGGAUCCUUCAGCACCACCCUCACACACGCCUCACUGCCCACGUCUGCGGCCACGUCAACACCCCCAGGAACCGCCGCCGCCUUGGCCUCGCUUGACGUCGGCCUUGUCGUGUCGAGCCGGUCGAGGAUGGCAUCCUUGACCAGCUGAGAAAGGUACCGUGUGGAUGUGGCCCAGCCCAUUGCACCACCUUCUGAUGAUGAAGGUGGUGCACUAUCAACGGGGGCAGCUGGCGCGCCUUGGCUCGGUAGGUGGGGGACGAUCAGCUGGCUAUUGACAGCAAAGGUUUGCGGCGGGUCGGUUGAGCCGCUGCUGCGGCGGGCGCGGGCGCGGAACACCUGUGUCCAGUCGACGCUGCGCAGCCCGUCGAUGAAGUCAGCCUUGCUGCUGCAGUGAAACCGGCCCAGCUCCACAGACACGCGAGAUGCCACACUGCAAAGGGAGAGGGGGAAGAAACAUUAUCUGAAUGAAUCAGCGAAUGAAUGGGCGGAUCUCCCGUGCCCACCGUGACAUAUAGUUGAGGAGGUAGACGUCCCUCAGCUCGGCGUCUGGCAGCAGGACCCCGCAUCGCUGCAGCUGCAGCUGCUUCCGGUCGUAGCCCAACGACACGAGCUCGUUGGCGAGCGAACUCUCCAGGCCGCGGCGGGUGGACAGAAAGCACCGCAUCAAGGAGAUCUUCGCGCCUCCCCUUCGA